UCUUUCUAUUAACAAAAUAUUUAUUUGUUUUUGUGUCUUUUUCUUGUUUGUUCUUUUACAACAUGUUUUCUUGUGAGUUCUAUAUGAAUGACUUAGACAAUCGAAUUACUUUAUUGUUUAAGUUGCUUAGUUUUGCCAAUUUAUGUAUUGAAAACAAUUUGUCACGUCUCCUUGAUUCGUCUGUUUUUGUGAAUUGGCAAGGGUACUAAUUUAGUGAUAAGUUGGCGAGGGGUGUCGUCCAUGUGUUAUCCUGAAACAUAGGGGACGCUAUACAGGUUUCUGGGGGUUUUGGCUAAUCCUUGGAGGUCUGUGGUGGGAGGGUGGCCUUGGUGGAAAUUCUUACGGAGUUUUGACUUUGGCGAUUCUUUCUGUAAUGUUAUUGCGUGUUUUUAUGGAAAUGGCAACAGUCACAAACUGGUGUCUAGUUCGUCUUUGAGGGGCGAAGUUUUCACUUCCAGUUGUUAAGUAAUGAUGGCCUUUCUGUUUCUGGAAACCAUUUCCGCAGAGUCCGAGAUGUUGAUAUGAAGCAUGAUUUCGCCUUUGUUGUAAGUUGUCACCCUUUCUCUGUCUUUGUUUAUUUGUUUCUUUUGACUUUGAUUUCUCCUCAUGCCUUUGCUCAAAGGUGACUUCUAGUAUCUGCGUGGGGGAGUUCAGUUGUAGGUGAUGGUAAGAUUUUUGUGUUACUUCCCUGGCUUGUUCCUUACAUCUUUUGGACAGGAAUUUAGCGAUCCGCGAGAUGCUGACGAUGCAAGGUAUAACUUGGAUGGUCGUGACGUUGAUGGAAGUCGUAUUAUUGUGGAAUUUGCAAAAGGGGGUCCUCGUGGUUCCCGUGAAUAUCUGGGUCGAGGCCCUGCUCCUGGAUCCGGACGCUGCUUUAACUGUGGCAUUGAUGGCCAUUGGGCUCGAGAUUGCAAAGCUGGGGAUUGGAAGAACAAGUGUUACCGCUGCGGUGAGAGAGGUCAUAUAGAAAAGAACUGCAAGAACAGUCCCAAAAAAUUGAGCGGCAGACAUGGACGAAGUUACUCACGCUCACCAGUGAGGUCACCUUCUCCUCGUCGUGGCAGAAGCCGGGAUAGGAGUUACAGCCCAGACCGCAGCUACAGCCGAUCAAGAUCCCCUGUCAGAAGAGAACGAAGCCCAGUUCCUGAAGAUAGAUCAAGGAGUCCUCAGCCCUCCAAGACAAGGAAGCAUAGUCCAUCACCUGACGAAAGCAGCCCACAGAAGAGAGGUGACACUUCUCCUGGUGAUAAUAGGUUGGCCACGCAACAGGAUGGGUUUGAUAGUGAUGAGGGCACAGGUAAGAGUAGAAGCCCUGCAAGGGACCGCGAUGAUGAUAGCCCUAAAGCUAAUGGCCGCAGCCCUAGCCCUAGGGAUGAGGACAGGAGCCCCAUUGAUGACGAUGAUGACAACCACCGCCAUUCACAGUCACCUUAAAAAAGUACUUUUCUAUAAAUGUGCUCAGGACUUCGUGGCCCAGGAUUUAUCUGCUUUGUUUUUUAAAUGCGCUCUAUCGUGAAUUACCUGACAAUUGAUUCACAAAAAAAAAAAUUUCAAUUGAUUAUCUUUGUGAAGAAUUAUUUUAUGUUAUUUUUCAAAUUUCUGUUGGUUGUGCAAGCUGAACUUGAAUGUGAAGUGCAUGCAUUUUUAAGUGUUAAACUUAAC